CUUUUUCUGAAAAGCAAGUCUGCAUCAUAAUCUUAAAGGUGAGGAGGGCUGUUCAUUUAAGCGGCUUUGUUCCCUCCUCCCCCGGAUUCCAAGCUCUGCAGAUAUUGUUCGUUUCAUGCACACUCGCUCUAUUGCAAGAAGUCAAUCAAUGCACAUUCGUUUUCGAAGAACCUAGCAGCUAUGAAGUACCUCGGUGUCAUCUUGGCCACUGGCAUGGCUACUGCCGUCUCAGCUCAAUCCCAAUGUGCUACUGUAGCUUCCUCAGUUCCAGCCUGCGGUGCAUCUUGUAUCACAUCUGCGGGAUCCGCCGUCGGUUGCGCUGCCACCGACUACGCCUGCCAAUGCAGCUCGUCAGCUUCGAGCGCUAUCAUGUCCAGAGCGGAAGCCUGCGUCCUUUCUGCCUGCGGAAUCAUUACAGGUCUUCAGGUCCAGAGCUCUGCUAAUGCCGUCUGCUCUUGCGUAGCGACUGCGGUCGUUGCGAGCAGAACAUCAGACUCAACAUCAGAUUCAACAUCGACUUCAGCCCCUCAUUCCUCCUCGUCCACUCCGGAAUCAUCAACUGCUUUGCCUGCCUCUACUAAAUCGUCCUCGUCUGCUUCAGUCACCUCAGCAGUAUCCACGACUGCGUCGGCUACUACCGAUUCGAAGCCAUCUUCAUCUGUCAACCCUGGAGGACCAGUGAUCAACACCACUGCCCCCAUCCCAUUCACUGGCGGGCAGAACAUGCUCCAGCCAGCAAUGGGCGUGGGAAUCGCGGUUCUGACCAUCUUUGGGGGACUUAUCGCCUUGUUGUGAGACUGCGGUGACGAUUUAAAAGCAGAAAAUCAUGGGCCGUUGGACAAUGGGGAAUGAUUCGCGAUGUGGGUGGUAAUUGAAGCACACUGGUGGAUCUGUGGGGUCUUGCUCGCCCUGGGGACGUCUGGAAUCUUCAUUUGUGUUUAAUGCAUUGAACUAGGACCACUGGUCUCUUACUAUCAUUCUGAACGGCAACUCAACUCGAAGAUUUAAUUGAAUGCAGAGCGGAGGAAGAUGUGCUGUAAGUCUGUAAUAGUCGUUCUCGAUCAAUGCGAAAAGCAUGGUUGUAGGCAUAAGCAGACUAACUCGCCGAAGCUUGAACUCUCAAGACCAGUCAAGUUCUCCUGCAAAGCUCAACUGUAGCUGCUCGCUGU